AUGGUCCAAACCAAAUGGUCUUGGCCGGUAACUAGUUCGAAACUACAAGCUUCUACAAUUGCAUUGGGAUCUCAUGUAGUCGACGCAGACAAAGAGUCACUACUUUGGACAUUUCCUACAUGGGGCUCCGAGGCGCCAUUUCUCCACAUAUUGGUAACCUCCCCUUCUUAUAUAGUCUCACUUGAUCUACGCAACAACAACUUCAUUGGGUUUCUGCCUCAGAAGAUCAACCUUCUGCAUUGCUUAAGAAUACUCAUGUUGUCAUCCAACCAAUUGGAAGGUAGCAUCCCACCAGCUUUGCAUAGUUGCUUGAAGCUUCGGCGGAUAGGUCUCAAUACAAGCCAACUUAUGGGCUCAAUUCCAUCAACCAUCGGCAACAUGUCGUCGUUAGAGGUCUUGAAUUUGGAAUUCAACAAUCUCACGGGUCCAUUUCCUUUUGUAAUCUUUAACAUAACUUCUCUAGCUGUAAUUGCUCUUAUACAGAAUCACAUCUCAAGAACUCUUCCGAUGAAUCUCUGCAGCCAUUGUCCUAAUCUUCAAGGGCUUUAUCUUUAUGACAAAGAAUUCAACGGUCGGCUCUCUUCAUUAAUGAAUUACUGCAAACAACUUUCACUCCUAUCUCUAUCAUACAAUAAAUUUGGUGGGAGUAUUCCAGAAGGUUUUGGAAGUUUAGAAAAGCUUGAAGAUCUAUAUCUUGGAGGUAACAGCUUAACUGUAAAGACCAAGAAAUUAAAUAGGGAGGUUAGCAAUUAA